CCAUCAUUUCACCGGCACUAACCCCAUAGUGCAUACAGUCGUCGUACACGCAUCAACAUAGCAGCAGGCGUACAGCUCAGACUAUGCUGUUUUGUUGCGUUUGUGAUCGCGUGUAAAGAGUUUAAAAAACAAUUUUCGUUGUGUGUAUUGUUUUUUUUUUUAAAUUAAAUGUACUAGCAAAUAAUCUUUAAAACCGAAAUUGUGUUGGCUGUGAGCUGAAUUUGCGGUGUGAAGAUCAAUUAUUCUCGUGAUCGCUACGAUCGAAAGAAGUGUUGGUUGGUGUUAGAGAAGCGGUUGAACAUUGCACCAAUACUGAUUCAUACUUGUGAAUGUGACGGUGUGCGUAAGGGUUUUACGGUGUAAGAGAGUUGUUUGUUUACAUUUUCUGACGCUGGUGCUGGAGCAUAUUUACCAACGAAAAACGGCUGAAAAACAUUUCUGCUCGACUCGAUCAUUGCGCGAUCUAUGAUUGUCUCGCUAUACUAUUAAUUACUAAGUUAUUUGUUUUUCUUCCAUCGAUCGGCGGAAAAACACGUCGUGUAAAGCAUUUUGAAUGAAAUACGAAAUCAGUUAUCAUAGUGAUUCCGAGACGAUGGGAAGUCGAGCGCAGUCUGUUAUCUGCGACAAAGUCCUGGCUGGGCUUCCCCAGUUGUUGGAUGAUUUGCAAAAGCUUUCAGAAGAUCAAGAUACGGCCGAUAUUGUAUUUGUGCUAGGAACGGGCGAGGAACGGGUCUACGCACAUCGUAUCAUUCUCAUGGCACGAUGUAAAUCGUUUCAGAAUACAAAACGAGGUGAGAUAUGUCGUAUACCAGGGUGCACUGUGUCUACCUCUGCUCCCGGUACACCAACGCCUAUUAGGUUGCCUCAUAUCGAACCGGACAUUUUUCGUCAGUUUAUCCUCUAUGUUUACACCGCAAAGAUAAUGUUGCAGGAUUCUAAAGUAUUCGAAAUGAUGACGUUAGCCCAGGAUAUGGGGGUAGAGGAGCUAAAGAUCGCAUGUGAGGAUCACGUCAGUAAAACCAUGUCCGUUGCGAAUGCGUGCACAUUUUUAACGGCUGUAAUGGAAAUCAAGGAAAAAGCUUGUGGUGCCAAAUGUGCCGCAUCGUUCCUAGAUAAAUGCAUCACAUACAUAGCUGAGAAUGCUUCGGAGUGCGUCAAAACGAAUGCAUUUCUGAACCUGACUAAAGAAGGAUUGAUUCAAGUAAUCUCGUAUGACAAUCUGGGACUAGAGGAGGAAGACGUUUGGCGUUGUGUGCUGGCCUGGGCGAAGAAUCAAGCCGGAGUGACCCAGCCCACUGCUCACUGGACGGAGGAGGAAAGGCAACGCGUGUGCCAAUAUUUAGCACCGGUUAUUUCACACGUACGGUUGUUCCUAAUCGACAGUCAGGUGUUUGCUGAAGAGGUGGAACCGACCGGUGCCGUGCCGAUAGAGCUAUCGCUCGAAAGAUAUCGUAGAGCUGCUCUGCACUCCAACAAGUUGCCCACAGCAGCCGCCUCUACAGUGCCCGUGCCGACCGGACCGUUAACAGAAAAUGAUAAACGAUUGCAGCCACGUUUAAUGCUGAAUCUGUUCCAUGGGUCCGCUAUAUUGAAAAACGAUAAAAUCCAUUUCCAAGGUACCCUGAACGGUUGGUUCGGGGCAGCAAAGCAAACGUGGCGUAUGGUGUACCGUGCCUCCACAAACGGAUUCGCCGCAUCCGCAUUCCAUCGUCAUUGUGAUGGAGUAGCACCACUGUUUAUAAUUGCUUUGAGUUCUAAUGGAGCCAUCAGUGGGGGAUUUACGGACGUUGCGUUUGCCAAAACAAACCGGAAAGGAGGAUAUUUACAUUCGGAAAAAGCGUUCCUGUUCGCGCUGAACUACAACAACGAACCACCGACAAAGUUCGAUAUAGUGAAGAAACCGUACGCUAUUUGCUAUCAUCCAGACUGUGGACCUAUAUUCGGGGCUGGAGCCGAUUUAUUAAUCUCAAAUAACUGUAACGUAAAUAUGGAGUCGUAUUCAAAUUUUCCUCAUUCGUAUGACGGUCCUAAUGCGUAUGCAUUUGGACAUUUAUUUGGUGAUUAUAACUUUACUAUAAUUGAUUAUGAAGUAUUCACGGUAGCACCGGCAACUGUUCCGGCAGGAAACAAACUGAAACACGAACGAUAUCCUUGAAAGAUAUAGAGAAAGAGAAAGACUGAAACUGGCAGAGAGAAACAGUGAGAGCGUCUAUAACAUCAGUUAAGAUUUACUUACUUUUACUUCACACUUACGUUCUUACCGUAUGUUGUAUGUUGUAACACACAUAACAGAGAAAGGAUAGCUAAUCUGACUUUCGAUCAUGACACUUACAUCCUUUUAAGUUCUUUUGUAAUAGUUUUAGAAAAUACUUCUAUUUGAUUUAUAAAUUAUUGUUAAAUUCAAUUGAUAGUAACAGAGAGCUAGUUUUUAUAUUCCACAAUUUCAUCAAAUUUUCCUUUACGAGAAUUUGAUUUAAU